AUGGGAUCGAAGCGCACUGCUGAAAAUGACAGCGAAGAGCUGCCUAGAAAACUUCGCCGUCAACGAUUUUCUAACUCUGUACGAUCAACAGUUCUUCCUAGUUCAACUUAUGGCCAGCGAUCAGCGUUUGGUGACUCCGAGUGCAUGACAACUGUACCGCCUGAGGAUAGCGACCUAGACUGCGAAGACGAUGCUGAGGCGUUAGCGUACCUUAAGUCUGUGCGAUCUGAUACAUUUGCGAAGUGGUCUGGCCGGCUCCGGGGUACGGAUCCAUUGCCUGCCCAGAUCGCUGGGAUGCAUAAAGACGGCGUUAUCCGCUUGCUGCGCAUUAUCCUCGGUGGCAAGUUCUUACGUAAGAACCACGAGCUCCGGGAACGUACAAGCAGGUGGAUAUGGGCGCUGCUCGCGCGUCUUCCCGAGAGAGGUGAACUCGACUACCAAGAGAUUGGCUGGAUACGCGAGCUGGGUAAGAGAGCAGUCCUGCUCAUGGUUAGCUUGGCUGAGAUGGAAGUCCUGAAGGAACACUACGAUGUCGGUGAUAGUAACGCCGAAAGCCAAGGCGAAGUUGAGGUCGACGAAGGCAUCGAUGAGACGAGCCAAGGUGAAUGCUGUGACUUCGAGGAUAUCGACACCGAUGUCAAUGAUCCAGAGCCUCACUACCGUGGCCCCGGUCAGCCCCUGGGCGGUAGGGUGCCCAAACUUGCACCUUACAACGGCACAAUCAAAAUUGAACCUGAUACGGAUACUAAUUCUCUGAAUGCAAAAGAACCUGUCGGAAUAGAGGUACCAUCUGAAGAAAUAAAAAUGGAGCUAUCAGACGUCGAGAUGGAGAUAGAUUCACAAGAGGAGGAGGACGGGGAAGUAUCCGACGCACCCCAGCAGCAAACAGAACCUACGGCUGACAUAGAGAGGGCCAAGGCCCGAUUGCUCGAACAGCUUAACAGCACUGCGGCCAAGAACGGUGAUUCACAACCGGAAGAGUUACCUGCUACAGCGCUAGAAGAGGAGGCGUUUCUCGCCCUCGCGGCAGAGGAAGAGGAAGCGAAGACAGAGCACUUUCGCAGAGCCAAGGCAAACGAACGCGCUACCCUAAACAUGAUCCUUACUGUAGCUGGUGAGUUCUACGGACAGCGCGACCUUUUGGAGUUCCGGGAUCCGUUUGGAGGGAUUCAGGUUGAGUAG